CCUGCUGCUCCCGCUCCUCCUCCUUCUCUGAGCUCCGGACGUCCUGCAGCGUCGUGGGUGUGCGCACACUGCAGUUUGGAGAUCAGAUGACUACUUGGUAAUACGAAGUUCUCUCCUACUGAGAAAUUAGAUAAUUCAAAAAUGGCAGAACUUGUUAUGGAAUGUGAAGAAGAAGAGUUGGAACCAUGGCAGCAGAAAGUAGACGAAAUUCAAAAUAAAGACGAUGAUGAUGAUGAGUUGAUCUUUGUUGGAGAGAUAUCAAGUUCCAAACCAGCUAUUUCAAAUAUUUUGAAUAGAUGUAGCCCUGGUUCAUCUUCAAAGGGACUAAAGAAUUACUCACUCAAUCCAGCUAUUUCUAAUAUAUUCAGACCUGCAAAUCGACACUACAAAAAUCCAUUACCUAAUCCAGUGGGUGCUUUGCCUAGAUUUCAUCCUAAAUCCAAAUCUUCAGAGAAUUCUGGUGUUCAGACUGUGUUUAAACCUAGUUUUUCAAAGACUUCAUCACAAGAUGAUCCAGGUGCUUCUAUCUUACAGUUAGACUCAACCAAGGAUAAACCAUCCUACAGCAUACUGAAAAGGAGUACAGAAGGUAUCGAACAAACUUCGUUAGGAUUAAAACAUCCUUCCACUUCCAAAUUAAACAGUGUUAAUCCAAAAAAGCCAAAGACCAAUGAAAGUGUUUCUGAAACAAAUCCUUCCUCUUCAUCAUCUUUAAAUAAGUCUCCUUCCGAGGCUUCCUCCCAGGUUGUACUAUCAAAUGAAAAUACCUCAUCAAUUCAGGCUGAAACUGGAGCACCUUCAUUAAGAUCUUGUCCAAAGUGCAAGGUUAAGUUCAGUUUUUUGGAUCCUUUGAAAUGCCACAUGAAGCGUUGCUGCCCAGACAUGAUAAAUAACUUUCUGGAGACUGUUAAGUCAGAACAUUCAACGACUGAAAACAAAGCUAGCAUUGGCUCGGAUAAAGAAAAAUUGAUCAUGCUAGUUAGUGAUUUUUACUAUGGAAGACAUGAAGGAGCUGUUGAGGAAGAUCUAAAGACUUACACAACUUUUAAAUGCUUCAGUUGCUCGAAAGUUCUUAAAAAUAAUAUUAGGUUCAUGAACCACAUGAAACAUCACUUGGAGCAUGAAAAACAGAACAGUGAGUCCUGGGAAAGCCAUACCACAUGCCAGCACUGCUAUCGGCAGUAUCCCAACCCCUUUCAGCUACAGUGCCACAUUGAAAGUACACACACUCCUCAUGAUUUUUCUACUAUUUGCAAAAUCUGUGAAUUGUCAUUUGAAACAGAGCAUAUGCUUUUACAACAUAUGAAGGAUACUCAUAAGCCUGGUGAAAUGCCAUAUAUUUGCCAGGUUUGCCAGUUUAGAUCAUCAAUAUUUUCUGAUGUAGAAACUCACUUUCGAUCAUCCCAUGAGAACACUAAGAACUUGCUGUGUCCAUUUUGUCUCAAAGUUAGUAGAAUGGCAACCCCUUAUAUGAAUCAUUACAUGAAACAUCAGAAUAAAGGAAUUUAUCGUUGCCAAAAAUGCAGACUACAAUUUUUGACCUGCAAGGAGAAAACAGAUCAUAAGUUAGAACAUCGCACAUUUAUAAAGCCUAAAGGACUAGAAGGAUUGCCUCCUGGAACAAAAGUUACUAUUCGAGCUUCGUUUGGAUCUGCUCAAUCAAGAUCAUCAAGUCCACCUUCUAGUUCUGUUCCAAGCACUUCUCUUCAAGUCACAGCUCCAGAGUCUAAAAGUACAACUACUAAAAUCAACACAAAAGUAUUUGCAAAUAAAAGUAAGACAACUAAGUGUCAGGCAAUCUUAACUGCGACAUGUAAACCCAAUCCAAGUAAAACAGGUACAGGUGCAACUAAAUCCAAAGCCAAGUCCUCCUACAAGCAAAAGAAACAGCGUACCAGGAAAAACAAAUUCAGUAUUGCUCUGAAGAAUUUGAGAUGUCACCAGGGAAUUCACACAUGUAUUGAGUGCCAUUCCAAAAUAAAAGAUUUUUCAAGCCACUUUUCUACAUAUAUAAACUGUGAUUUUUGCAAGUACACUACUAACUGUAGCAAAGCCUUUACAAAUCAUAUGAGCUCUCAUAGUGACCACCCAAGUAAACAGUUUUAUAUUUUUAAGAAGCAUUCAAGAGCUCUCAGGGGCAUCACUCUAGUGUGCCUUAAAUGUGACUUCCUAGCUGAUACUUCUGGCUUAGACCGUAUGGCUAAACACUUAAAUCAACGUAAAACUCAUACUUGCCAAGUAGUAAUCGAAAAUGUUACAGAAAGAAGCUUAACUUGUGAAUCCACUUCUGACAGCUUGUUGAAAUAGAUUCCUGCUCUAUGGAACUCAUGCAACCUGGUGCAAGACAAGUUGGAAUUUCCUAAGUUCAAAGUUCUUCAGUGUUUGCCUUUACAAAUCCAGUUUCCUAAGUUCAAAGUUCUGAAAUAUUCCAUAAAGGCAGUUAAAAUCCACAACACUAGUUCGCCUUUUUUCAGCCCUUUUCAGCUUUCUCUGAUGGCAGUAGAUUCUUAUUCCACCUUAUCUUUGUGUCAGGUUAACAUAUCUUAACCUGUACUUGGCUUCUCUAGUUAGCUCUGAAAAAAGAACUUUAGUUGCUAUAGUCUUUACUUGCUUUGCUUCAGAUAAUUUGUGUUUCUUUGCUUCAGAUAAUUUGUAUUUCUCUCUGCCUUCAGAAUAUUACAUAUCAAACAGUAUAGCUAUUCUAUUUCUUUUUUUCUGUUUUGUCUGCUUCUUAAUUUCUUUUAAGUCUUGCUGCUCAGAUAGCUGCUUUUUCCUUCAUUCUUUGUCUGUCAUUGUUCUAUUUUUCAGAUGCAGAAGCGACACAGAAAUUUCAAAAAAUGUCCAGUAUACUCCUGGACAGUGUCCCCCUUCAAUGGACACAACUAAUGCCUGUUUUUCUUUCCACGGAAUGUGAAUUGUUUGACUGUGAGACCUGUUUCAAUUUGUGGCCUUGGGAAUCUAUCAGUUCUUAGACAGAGUCCCUUCCUGCCUAACUAGCCUUACAUAAGGCUGAUGUUGAUUUGGCCAUCAACAACCUCAAGGUCCACCAAAAUGAACACAGCUUCUUACUGGGGGCUUUGGUACUUAAGUUUAGGCUUAUGAAUGAUUAUAAUAAUGAAAGCCCACCAAGUAAGUGCUUUAACACCCAAGUUCAAAUUUAAUCACUUUGGCUGCAGUCCUUUAAUCUUCCUCUAGCAUGAAUACAGUCUGAGGUAUAUGAAAAACCUGAUUGUAUAGGGAGUGAAAAUUACUUUCAUGUUCUUGGAAAAGCAAACUUUGUGGAGUUCUAGCUCCAAAGUAAUUUUUUGUGUUGUCAUUUAAAGUUUUAGCCAGUAUUCCAAGAGUUCUCAGCAGUGAUACUAUUUAAAUUCCUAAUUUUUUAAAAUUUUGAUAGCUUGGUUUUUGUCAUUCACCAAAUUUAUUGAUGUCUACUUUGUAUGUCAACUUUUGUAAUUUCUGAUUAAACUUUUUGUGUUUGUUAAAAAUGCGAAGAAAUUUCUUUAAAAUUUUCUACAGAUUUCAUGCAGCUACCUGUUGGUAGUUUCUUUUCUUUUUUUCUUUCUUUUUUGGAGGUUUUUUUUUUUUUUUUUGAGCCACGGUUUCUACUAUAGUCCAGGCUGACCUUGGACUCACAGAUUUUUCUGCCUCAGCCUCCCAAGUGCUGCUUUUAAAGGCAUGUGAGGUACUUGUUCAGGUCAUUAGACAUUAAUAUAUGAUCUGUCUAUCUUAAGACUAUCAUGAACAUCUUAGCAGUCAGGAAUUCAAAGACAAAGGAACAAAAACUCCCCUUACAAAUAUUACAAGUUUUACAUUGCUAUUCAAUUAACAGUUAUCUUCUUAGCCAUUAAUGUAAUUCCUUUAGAUAAAGAUAAUAUAUUCAAUAAUAUUGGGACCAAAAAAUGCACUUCUUUCUUGCCCACAUAUAUAUAGAGAGAGAUGUAUAUUUUUUUAUUUUGGCGUUUGUUUAUUUUGGUUUACAUUGAAUAUAGACUUUCUGAACAGUUUUGGUGUUACUUAUUUUUUUAAUAAAAUUUGUAUU